AUGUGUGGACAUAAUGCGCCUAUCUCACACACGAACUGCUUUGCAGACAAUGCCAACAGCGAGACGCGAGCCGAGACAGGAGGCAAUCACAGUCGAUAUAGACGAUCCAGCUCAACGGCUGCCUGCAUGCAAGAUGCACGCUUCUAUCGCAAUCCCAAUCGACCGGUGCACAAGAUAUGGACGAACAGCGAGUGUGCAAAGUAUUUCCUGUGCCUCGAUGGUGAGGUUUUCGAAUUCAAGUGCUCCGAGGGACUGCUCUUCGAUGUGGUGCGACAAAUCUGUGAUUUCAAAGCGAAUGUGGACAAUUGUGAUAUAAGCGCUGAGACACCAGUGCCCAAGCCGUUGCUGGAGAUGGCCGACUGCGCGGACGAGUCGCAGCUGGGCUGUGCUGAUGGCACUUGUCUGCCGCAGGAUUACUUCUGUGAUGGCUCUGUUGACUGUCCGGACGGCUCCGACGAGGGCUGGUGCGACGUUGAUCAUGAUCCCAAUGCAGCGGGCGCCUGUGACCAGCGCAGAUGUCAGCUGCCCCAUUGCUUCUGCUCGAAGGAUGGCACACAGAUACCUGGGCAUCUGCAGGCGCAGACUGUGCCACAGAUGAUAUUGCUGACUUUCGACGACGCCGUCAACCAUGACAACUGGGAGCUGUUCUCCAAGGUGCUCUUCACGCCCAAUCGUCGUAAUCCAAAUGGCUGCCCCAUUCGUGGCACCUUCUUUGUCUCCCAUCCGUAUACGAAUUAUCAGUACGUGCAGAAACUAUGGAACGAUGGACACGAGAUUGCGGUGCAUUCGGUGACGCAUCGCGGGCCGGAGUUGUGGUGGUCAAAGAAUGCCACCAUUGAGGACUGGUUCGAUGAGAUGGUCGGUCAGGCGAACAUCAUCAACAAAUUUGCGGGCGUUCGCAUGGAGGAUCUGCGUGGUAUGCGCGUGCCCUUCCUGCGCGUUGGCUGGAAUCGUCAGUUCCUCAUGAUGAAGGAGUUUGGUUUUGUCUACGAUGCUUCCAUGGUGGCACCGCACUCGAAUCCACCUCUAUGGCCAUACACGCUGGACUUUAAGAUGCCGCACAGCUGCCUGGGCGCCAAUCAGAAUUGUCCGACUCGCAGUUAUCCCGGCAUCUGGGAGCUGGUCAUGAAUCAGCUGGAAGCAGGUGCAGGCGAAUACACUUGUGGCAUGGUCGACAGCUGCCCUCCACACCUGACUGGGGAUGAUGUGUACCGCAUGUUGACUUAUAACUUUAAGCGUCACUAUUUGAGCAAUCGUGCGCCAUAUGGGCUCUACUUCCACUCCACCUGGUUUAAGAAGAUUGACUAUUUAAAUGCCUUUCUGAAAUUUUUGGAUGACAUGCACAAGCUGCCGGAUGUGUAUUUCGUGACUAAUCAGCAGGCUAUUCAGUGGAUGCGCCAGCCCACGCCCAAUAAUCAUUUGCAUCAGUUCGAGCCUUGGCGCUGCCAGCCCAAACAGCUGGAGCCGCACGAGUUGGUCUGCCAAACGCCUAAUGUGUGCAAAGUUCGGAGUCGGGUGCUACAGGAGGAUCGCUACUUUUAUACGUGCAUGGAAUGCCCGGCACAGUAUCCUUGGAUUCGCAACGAAUUUGGUCUAGAAUAGCCAAUUGUUUAGUUUUUAAGUUUGUAUUUAU